AUGGCAACAGGCACACCACCAGCGGAUGAUUCUGCAAUCCAGCAGGAUCCAAGCGGCCAUGGGUGCUGGGAUGCCUUGCCACUUCAUAUUCUGGACAAUGUCAAAAUGCAGCUGGAACAGUCAGAAACAUAUGACUACGAGCCUUCCCAGGCAUUGAAGAAUCUGCGGUUGGUCAGUCGACGCUGGUGUGCCUGGGCCACAGGAGCCAUAACAUGUUUGGUACUGCCACCCACAGGCCAUGAUUCACCAACGCCUCUUAGCGAGUUUGGAUAUGGCAUGCUUGAUAUGACUAGCAUGUUGACUCCAAAAGAUUUUGGUGCUCUUUGCGAUUCGAAAGCCCACCCAGGAGCAGUCAAUGUAGGGCAUGCCCUGGCACCAUUCACAGCUCUCAAGGAACUGAGCUUUGCCAGGUGCAACGGGACAUCGGACGACUGCCUGAGGCAUCUUGGAACAUUGAGUUCCCUCACCAAACUUGACCUGUGUGGAUGUGCCAGAGUCACGGCUGAGGGUUUGACGUUCCUGGGGCGACUGACUAAACUCACAAACCUUAAUUUGGGGCGUUGCCGCAGUAUAGGAGAUGGCGUUCUGGGCCACAUCGCAGCCCUCCCAUCCCUUGCCAAGAUCAAUCUGUUUGGCUGUGUGGGUGUGACGGAUGCGGGCUUGAGCUGUUUGGGGGCAAUAACAUCCCUCACAAAACUCAGUUUGAACAAUUGCAGUGCUAUAACACAGGGAGGCAUGAUGUGCCUGGGAAGGCUGACAUCUCUCACGUAUCUGGACUUGGCCUGGUGCCGGGGAAUCAACGCUGGUGCUAUCAGCUGCCUGUCUCCACUUGUGUACCUUGUUGAGCUCAACUGCUGCGGCUGUGGGCAGAUCACAGAUAGCUGUGCGAGGCCCCUGGCAGCCCUGUCGUCCUUGACGCGUGUUAAUUUGAGUUACUGCCCCAUAUCAGACGACGGUGUUGGAUUGCUGCGAUCGUUGCUGCCCGCUCUGGUGCACAUCAGAAGGGACAGGCGCCCUGGUUUCCGUGUUUGCAGCCGUUACUGGUUCAGUUUCAGAAAUUCCGACCCUUGGUGUGACUAA